AUGGGCGUAAUGCAACCGGGUUAUGGUGCUGGUGUUCCGCCACCCGGAAUGCCGAUGCCACCUCGUCCAGGUAACUGGCCGUCCGGUCACCUUGCAAGCUUGGGAAUAAUGGCACCAAAGAAGAAGGGAGAAGUCGAAAGAGUACCACUUCUAGGACGAUUGGGAACGAAUCUUCGUAUUGGUAUUCUUGGUUUGCCUAAUGUCGGUAAGAGUACGUUUUUCAACGUGCUCACAAAAUCAGAGGCACACGCCGAAAAUUUUCCUUUCUGCACCAUCGACCCUAACGAGAGCAGAGUUGCUGUCAGCGAUAGCCGGUUCGACUGGUUAUGUGAACAUUAUCAGCCAGUAAGCAAAGUACCAGCCUAUCUGAAUGUCACCGAUAUUGCUGGUUUGGUAAAAGGAGCCGCUGAAGGACAAGGCCUAGGAAACGCUUUCUUGUCUCAUGUGUCUGCUUGCGAGGCUCUCUUUCAUCUGUUAAGAGCUUUUGAUGACGAUGAUGUUACGCAUGUGGAA